AUGCCGGACAGCUGGGACAAGGACGUGUACCCCGAGCCCCCGCGGCGCACGCCGGCGCCCUCGCCGCAGACUUCGCUGCCUAACCCCAUCACUUAUCUGACCAAGGCCUUCGACUUCCUCGUGGAUCGGCCCGUGACCCUCGUGAGAGACUUCAUCGAGCGGCAGCAUGCCAAGCACAAGUUCUACUACUACCACAGGGAGUUCCGCCGGGUGCCCGACAUCACUGAGUGCCAGGAGAAGGACGUCCUGUGCAUGUUCGAGGCGGAGAUGCAGUGGCGGAGAGACUACAAAGUUGACCAGGAGAUCGUCAACAUCAUCCAGGAGCGCCUGAAGGCCUGCCAGCAGCGGGAGGGCGAGAGCUACCUGCAGAACUGUGCGCUGGAGCUGGAGCGCUUCGCCCAGGUGUCCAAGGCCUACCAGGACCGCUAUCAUGACCUGGGGGCCCAUUUCUCGGCCCGGAAGUGCCUGGCGAAGCAGAAGCAGCGGCUGCUGGCCCAGAGGAAAGCCGAGAAGGAGGCAGCAGCUGCCUGA